AUGUUCAUCGUCAGGAGAGUGGUCGAAAUCUGGCAGCGGUAUUCGAAGCCAAUGCAACUAGCGUUUCUGGACUUUGAAGCCGCGUUCGACUCUCCUCACCGAGGCCGUCUUCUCAACGCGCUCCGCGCCGAUGCAGUACCAGGAAAUAAGACAAGGGGCUUCCUGUUCAAUUUCGCCAUCGACGACAUUAUGCGAAGAACAGUCGACCACUGUCCUAGCAUUGUCUUAGCACCAUCAGGGCGCCCCUUGACUGAUCUCGAAUACGCCGACGAUGUUGUUAUAUUCGCGGAAAGCAGUACGAAACUUCAACAUGUUGUUAACCUUGUAUCGAAGCUGGCUGCAGCCCAUGGACUACAUCUACGCCCUGAUAAAUGCAAGCAGAUGUGGAUCUCUUCGAGACCUCGAACGGGAAUCGGGGUGGACGGACAACCGAUAGAACUCGUCGAUGAGUUCUGUUACCUGGGUUGUACGCUGAAGAACAACGACUGCUACGGGAGAGAUGUUCAGCAAAGAUGCGCUAAGGCCACUUCUGCAUUUAACUCCGUAACGAAAUGCCUGUGGUCGACCCCCAUCACCAACGAACUCAAGCUGCUAGUCUACCUAUCUGCAAUUCGCCCUAUCAUUAUGUACGGAUCGGAGACUUGGGCAGCACCAUCAACGGUUAUGGAGAGGCUAGACUGCACGGAAAUAAAGCUGCUCAGACGGUUACUUGGCUACUUUUGGCCUAUGGUAUGCCACAAUGAAGAUCUCCACGCAGAAAUUGAUGUGGUAUACUGGCGGAUGACACGUGGAAGACAUCAACAUCUUGCACCGCCAUCGAAAGUGGCUAAAACUGACGUGGUGAAAGAGGAGCUGAGGACACUCGGCGUGAAAAGGCAGUUCAGGCGAGAAGUGAGGUCUCGCAGAAUAUGGAAUAGCGACGAAUGGAUUGAUUCUGCGCAAGCUCUCGCAGAAGAUUGA